ACCAUCGCUCAGUGUCCCCCCCUAUAAAAAGAGGGGAGAAUCCAGGGUCCGGUAUCAGCUGCACAAGGAAGCUAAGAAGAAAUCCCAUCUCUGGUUCUGCACCUGCAGCUCGUCCCCACCUGACAGCAACAUGAAGGUCUCUGUGGCUGCCCUCACUGUUCUCCUCAUCGCUGCCUUCUGCUUGCAGGCCUCAACAGCUGGUCCACAGGCACUCCACUCCCCAAGUGUCUGCUGCUACGGAUACUCUCCCAACCCAAUUUCACGGAGCCGCGUGGUGAAGUAUGAAUACACCAGCAGCAGCUGCUUCCAGCCGGCUGUGAUCUUCACAACCAUCAAAGGCAAAACGUUAUGCACCAAUCCAGAUGAGAAAUGGGUCCAGGAUAUUGUGACUCAGCUGAGAGCCAGGGAAGCCGUUUCAAGGGCACCCUGAGCCUAGGGUCUGACAUCACUUCCUGCCAAGCAUCUUCCCAAACGGAUUUCCAGGAAGCACUUUACCUCCUCUCAGCCUUUGAAUCCUUACGGGCUAUUUGUCCCAAUUAGCGUUGAACUGUGAAAGAUGGCCCUGAAUUGUACUUAAGGGAAUUUUAAUGGCUCUGAAUUGUAUUUAAGGGAAUUUUAAUGUAUUUGUCAUGUGAAUCGUGAAAUAUUUCAUUCUCCUUUGUA